AUGACUCGAUGCUGGGAGCCCGGAACUCAAUACAACUACGACGACGUUGUCGAUUAUCAAGGCCAUCGAUACAAGAUCAUCCAACCCCAUCGCUCUCAGGGCGACUGGACCCCUCCAGUCACGCCAGCACUCUGGGGACGUUUGCAAGAUGACCACCAUCAUGGUGGAGACAACAAGUAUAACCAGCAAGGGUACCAGCCCCAGCAACCCCAACAGCCCUACCAGCAACCCCAGCCGCACCAGCCGCCGCCGCCUCAGUAUGGUGGCCAGCCUGGCCAGCAGCAGCAAGACAACAAGCCAUGGUACGGGGAUGAAGAGAACAAGAAGAAGCUAGGGCUCGCCGCCGGUGUUCUCGGUGGUGCUGCUGUCCUCGCUGGGGGCAUGUUCGCCUACAAGAAACACGAGGAGGAUAAAGACGAGGCCAAGGCCCAAGCCUGGAGUCGCGAGAACUGGCUCAAUGAUGCUCGUGCGCGCACACAAGCAUUCCACCAACAGGGGCCCAGCGCACCGGCUACCUGGCUGCUUACUCACGGGAAAUCCAUCCCGAAAGGUGCCAUCCUUGUUGGACGGGAAAAGUCCUGGAAUUUGUACAUUUCCAGGGCGUACUAUGAUGGUGGUCUCUUGAUCGGCAAGGCUUCGGAUGCCUUCAAGAAAGGAGGCGUUGUCGGAUGCAAGAACGAAGAAAUCCACGUUGAAGACUUCGAAGUCCUCGCUGGCGACAUGAGCCAACUGCGCUGGGUGGCUGCCAGUGGAAAGCUCCACCUCGCAAGUCUUGGCGCUCGUCCAGUUGAGGGCGGACGUGAGGUCGACGGCACCCCUAUAUAUGUCGCCAAGGCCCCGCACAAGGGCGCGGAACACCCUGGAAAAAUAGGCGAAAAAUGGGACGGUGCAUACAUUCCAUACGAUGGGGAGGAGAAGCUCGUCAAGGAAUACCAAGUCCUUUGCUACAACUACUAA